AUGGAGUCCGAUCGAGAGAAGCAAGAGAGGGAGGGGACGCUGAAUCAGCCACUGCAAAUUUCACCGAUGAAGCCGGUGACUGAAGAAGCGUACGGUGGUGGAAUGUACGCUAAUGAGCCGGGCCAAACACAAAAAGUAAGCAAGAAACCCGCUAGCGAGACACAAAGUGCUGAUGGAGAGACUGAGAAGGCUGCCAGCGAGCCCAAACACAAACCGCCACCUUCUACUGGUGAUCGAGAUCUUGAUAUCACAGGCCAAUCUUACAUUCAGUGA